AUGAAACAUGCUGCUAAGGGGUUGUCUCUAAUCGCCAUGAUGUUAUUUGUCUCAAGCUUAAUGUACCUUGGAAUGUUUUUCAUGUUCGAGGCGCAACAUGGGAUUCGCUCCUAUAUAUGGACCGUUUGGUUUGCUAUAUUCGGAUUGGAGAUGUGGGUUGUUAUGGGGGUGUCUUGUGUCACCCCGGGGAUUGGGCUUCAAGACACCCAUCUGAAUGUGCGAAUGGGUCUCCUUACGCUGAUCAUCAUAGGGGAAGGCGUCAUAGCUAUUACAAGGAUAGUCAACAAAACAGUGAGGCCGGGAGGCUGGACCAAAUGGUCGUUUGUCCAUAUCCUGGGUGUUACAACAAAUGUGUAUCUUCUGUGGCAGGCAUAUUAUGACCUCUCCCCAAGGUGCAUGCUUGGGAAAUACUCACAACAGAUAUGGGCUCAACUGCAUUUCCCAUUCCACGUGGCUCUCAUCCUCCUUCUUGAAGGAUCGCAGAUAUUAGCCUUGACUCUGGACAUUGCGUUGAAAUUGACCUAUCUAGUGGAAACCAUAAUGUUCGCCUGUGAAGAACCACGGCCCGCACCGGAGGCAGCCAUCAAUCUACUCCGGAUGACUAUUUCUGACAUGGAGAUUAAUUACACACAAGGUUCGAUUAAGGCAAAAACGGCCAUCGAGCAGAUUCUGGAAGACCUACCAAGCCACCCGUUGUGUCCGACGGACGGGACUACAGGCUAUUCUGUAACUCGCAACCGUCUCAGUGACCUUGUAGGAAACGUAACCGCGGCUUUAUUUUCAAGCAUGGGAAUUGUGCCCUCAGAGAGCACAAGCCUCGGCCACCUGAGUGGGCCCCAGCUUCUAAGAACGUACGUGCAGGUCCUGGGGUUCGUUUAUGUGUAUUUCUUUGCAGUUGCAUCGCUUGUAAUGUUUCUCUUCGCCGCUUUCCUGCUGUUGGCACGUCGUCAUCAGCGCACUCUCUGCGCUAGUAUUGGAACCACAGUUCAUGUCCUCCUUGGGGCCUUCUUGGCUAGCCUAGUAUCCUUCGCGCAGCAUUUCUCACUGGUUUAUUCUUUCAUGACAUCACCGGUAAUCCUGUACGCUUUUACGUUCACAUUACUGACAGUGCUUUUGGUUGACCGACUCUUGGAUCACUUCGAAGGCCAGAGUGAGGCAGCAGUCCGACGGACGCAGGAAAGCGAAGUUAUACUGUCGUCCCCAUGCCCCGGGGUGGCCAUAGAUGCGCCGUCUUAUGAAAGCUCCAUUAAUAAGGAGCAAAGCGCCGUGGCACUGGAUGAGAAAGAAAACAACAGGAGCAUUGCAUUGCAUGAUCACUUAGAUCCUCAGCAAUCGACAACGUCAUCCGGUUCGGUUGACAGGUGGUUGGACUGUCCUCUUCCGACGGCCUCGAAGGGUUCUGGCAUGCAUGAGACACAAUAA